AUGUUGGUUUCUCUCGCUUCGGUGCUGGAACGGCUGAAUAUGAGUCCCUGGGCAUUUCUUCUUUGGGGAUAUAGUGUCUAUUUGGUGGCGCUGGGUAUCUAUCGAGUUUAUAUAAGCCCGCUGGCAAAGUAUCCAGGCCCUAAGCUAGCCGGCCUGACAACUCUCUACCAGGCCUACUAUGAUGUUUGUCUCGGGGGAAAGUUCUUCAAGAAGCUUGAGCAGUUGCAUAAAGUAUAUGGCCCCGUUGUUCGCAUCAACCCGCAUGAAAUCCACAUCAACGAUCCUGAAUUUAUCGAAGUUCUCUUCACCGGAGCCACCCAAAAGCGAGACAAGUACAAGUGGAUGGGACGAUCUGUCUUGCUGCCAGACUCGGUUGUCGGAACCAUCGGUCAUGACCUCCAUCGAACACGGCGUAUUCGUCGCUUCGAGGACCGCAUUCAAAACACAGCUGGAAAGCUUAUGGGCCGCUUGGUAGAAGCAGGUAAAAUUGGUGAAAUUCUGCCCAUCAAACUGGCUUUCAAGGCGGCAACCUGCGAUGUCAUCAGUGAGUACUGCUUCGGUGUAUCUACCAGCUACGUGGAGCAUGAUGAUUACAAUCGUGGGUGGUUCGAUGCCGUCGAUGCCAUGUUCUAUAUGGCAUGGCCGAUGACUUAUAUCUCCUGGCUGGGGCCUCUGAUGGAGAGGCUUCCACCGUCUGUCAUCGGACUGAUGCAUCCUGGUCUAAAAUCUUUGUGGGACAUGCAUAGUCAAUGGAUCGAACAAAUUGAAGCAACCCGGAAGAGCGGAAGGCCUGGAGGUGCAGACGCUACCUUAUUUCAUGGUCUCUUGGACAGUGAUCUCCCCCCAGCUGAAAAGACGACCGACCGAUUACGGCAAGAGGCACAAAUGGUGAUACUAGCAGGGCAGGAUACCACUGCAUUUGUUCUUACCUGCCUUACUUUCGAACUCCUGUCUCACCCGGAUAUGCUUAAAAAGGUCAAAGCCGAGCUCGAAGCUGCACUACCAGAUCCAAACAGCAUCCCUUCCUUGGCCAUCGUAGAGAAACUCCCGUACCUUUCUGCGGUCAUUGCUGAGGGCCUCCGGGUUCACCCUGGAGGUCUUGUUCGAAUGACUCGUGUGGCUCCAGAGAAUACAAUGGUCUAUUAUGACAAGGCCUCUGGCAAAGAGUGGGUUAUUGAGCCCAGUACUCCUACCUCAAUGACUGCUUUGGACAACAACAUGAAUACCGACAUCUUUCCGGAUCCAUACAAGUUCGAACCUGAGCGCUUCAUUGAGAAUCCGCGUCUAGAGAAAUAUGUGUUGACAUUUUCUCGAGGAACGCGCAUUUGUUUAGGAUUGAAUCUUGCGUACGCGGAGCUCUUUAUCAUUUUGGCUGGUGUCUUUCGCAGGUUUGACCUUGACGAUGGCACUGGGAAGCAAACUGGCCCAACUUUGGCAUUGUAUGACACCAUUCGAGAGCGGGACGUCGAUACAAUCAGGGACCAGAUUAUAUCUCUUCCCGUUGAAGGCGACUAUUGCGAUGUAUACCUCACUCACGACUCGAUGAGCGUGCGGAAGGCGCAUAACUCGGGUCGUAACCAUCUGAGGAACGUCGUCGAAUACUACCAACAAAUCGGUCAAGAGAAGGCUCAAUCCGUCAUCGACUCGAUCACCUCGUCCUACGCCGCUGAGGGCCAACCUCUACCCAAUCCCGCAAUGGUGCCCGGCGCUUUCCCGCCGCCAUUCGGCUUCCCUGGUCGACCAGGCCAAAUACCCCCUCCCCCCUUCGGCAUCCCACCCCCAGGAGCCCCCGGUGCACCAGGCAUGCUACCUCCCCCAGGUGCCCACGGCGGCCUCCCCUUCCCACCGCCCUUCAACGCAACAGGAACACCCCCAACAGGCGGCUUCCCCCCGCCCCUCCCCAACAUGCCCCAAGGCGCAGGCCUGCCCCCUCCACCCCCAGGCGGCUUCCCCAACAUGCCUUUCCCACCUCCCGGUGCAGCGGGCUUCCCGCCUAUGCCCAGUGCCCCGAUGGGUGCUACGAAUUCGCCGGUUCCUACCGGUCCGCGUGGCUCAGAAGGGUAUCCUCCUCCCCCUGGUGGUGGACCACCUCCUGGGAUGGAUUCUCGGUGGUGA